AUGGAGAAGGGCAUGUCCGGCAUGUACGGCAGCAGUGAUAGUCUCAGCAGCCUCAACGAACAGACUGCUGGCACAGAUGAGCCGAUCCACAUCGUUAACGUUGCGAUCCGAUUGGCCCAGCACAUGGACAGUAACGACCUUUCCGACAUGUUCAAGGACUUCGCUCAGUCCAAUCGCUUGGUGCUGUUUGACCGAGGGAUCCGCCGGGUGACCUUUGUCGUCCUUCAGGAGCGAGACUUCCCCAAGUUCUUCACCUUCCGAGCACGAGACUUGUUUGAGGAGGACCGCAUCUAUCGGCACCUGGAGCCCGCGCUUGCCUUCCAGCUGGAGCUCAACCGCAUGAGGACCUUUGACCUCACGGCGCUCCGAACUUCCAACCGCAAGAUGCACCUGUACCUGGGGGCAGCCAAGGUCGCUGAAGGUCAGGCUGUGACAGAUUUCCGCUUCUUCAUCCGAGCCAUCAUCCGACACUCCGACCUCGUCACCAAGGAAGCAUCAUACGAGUACCUACAGAACGAAGGUGAGCGGCUGUUAUUGGAGGCCAUGGAUGAGCUGGAGGUCGCUUUCCAACAGCAUGUGGACAAGAGGACAGACUGUAACCACAUCUUCCUCAACUUUGUACCCACUGUCAUCAUGGACCCAACAAAGAUUGAGGAGAAUGUUCGCUCCAUGGUGAUGCGGUACGGACACCGUCUGUGGAAGGUUCGGGUGACGCAGGCCGAGAUAAAGAUCAACAUCCGGCUCAACCACAACAGUAACCCGGUCCCCAUCCGGCUGUUCCUCAACAAUGAGUCUGGGUACUACCUGGAUAUUAGUCUGUACAAGGAGGUGGUCAACCCCAGGACUGGCCAGAUCAUGUUCCAAGGCUACGGAGGGAAGCGCGGCCCCCUGAACGGGAUGUUACUGAACACUCCCUACAUGACUAAGGACCAUCUGCAGGCCAAGAGGUUCCAGGCUCAGUCCCUGGGCACUACCUACAUCUACGACUUUCCUGAGAUGUUCAGACAGAACGACAUCGGCAUGGUCGCCUGGAAGAUGUUCCUCCGCACUCCGGAGUACCCCGAUGGAAGGGAGAUCAUCGUCAUCGGCAACGACAUCACGCACCUGAUUGGCUCAUUUGGGACACAGGAGGACGAGCUUUUUAAGAGAGCCUCGGAGCUGUCACGCUCCCUGGGCGUGCCCAGACUGUACAUCUCAGCAAACAGCGGAGCUCGGAUCGGGAUGGCCGAGGAGAUCAAACAUCUCUUCAAGAUCCGCUGGGAGGAUCCCAGUGAUCCAGACAAGGGCUUCAGAUAUCUGUACCUCACUCCUGCAGACUACAAGAAGGUGAGUGGGCUGAACUCGGUCCAUGCGGAACAUGUGGAGGAAGAUGGGGAGUCACGCUACAAGAUCACAGCUGUAAUCGGUAAAGACGAUGGACUCGGAGUGGAGAACCUGCGUGGGUCAGGCAUGAUCGCCGGGGAAACCUCGCUAGCAUACCAAGAUGUCGUCACCAUCAGUGUAAGCCAUGCUGUGUGUGAGGAUGACUAUGGGGGAGUCCUGCUCAUGCUGAAGUGGCUGUCCUACGUACCUGUGCACCGAGGCGCCCCCCUCCCCACCAUCACCCCAGUAGAUCCAGUGGAACGGGAGAUCGCCUUCACCCCAACCAAGGCCCCCUACGACCCACGAUGGAUGCUGGCUGGCAGGAAAGACCCAGAAAACCGGAGUGUGUGGGUGAGCGGGUUCUUUGACCGUGACUCAUUCCUGGAGAUCCUGCACCAGUGGGCCAAGACUGUGGUCACAGGAAGGGCAAGACUGGGCGGCAUCCCUGUGGGCGUGAUUGCCGUGGAAACCAGGCAGGUAGAGCUAUCUAUCCCAGCAGACCCUGCAAACCUGGACUCCGAGGCGAAGGUGGUAGCCCAGGCCGGGCAGGUGUGGUUCCCUGACUCCGCCUUCAAGACGGCUCAGGCCAUCAGGGACUUCAACAGGGAAGAACUGCCGCUGCUGAUCUUCGCUAACUGGAGGGGGUUCUCAGGGGGCAUGAAAGACAUGUACGACCAGGUUCUGAAGUUCGGCGCGAGCAUCGUGGACGGUCUGCGUGAGUACCGCCAGCCGGUGCUGGUGUACAUUCCGCCCCACGGGGAGCUGAGGGGCGGGGCCUGGGCUGUGGUCGACCCAACCAUCAACCCAGAACACAUCGAGAUGUACGCAGACAAGGACAGCAGAGGAGGAGUCCUGGAGCCAGAGGGGACCGUGGAGAUCAAGUUCCGCAGGAAGGACCUGGUGAAGACCAUGAGGAGGAUCGACUCCAAGUACCAGCACCUCAUCAACAAGUUAUCGGACCCGAGCAUCUCCUCGGCGGACCGUAAGAGCCUGGAGCUGCGUCUGAAGGAGCGGGAGGACCAGCUGACCCCCAUGUACCACCAGGUCGCCGUGCUGUUCGCUGAUCUGCACGACCGCGCAGGCAGGAUGCAGGAGAAGGGCGUCAUACUGGAAACCUUGGAGUGGAAGUCGUCUCGGAAGUUCUUCUACUGGCGGCUGAGACGUCUUCUGCUGGAAGGGAGAAUACACAAACAGAUCAGCCAAGCAAACAAAGACCUGAGUGUUGCCCAGAUGCAGGCCAUGCUGAGGAGGUGGUUCAUCGAGGCCGAGGGGACGGUUAAGGCCUAUGAGUGGGACAAUAACCA